AUGGGCCCUCGCAAGAUCCGCUCUAAAAAGUCAGAGGAAAUGCUCAAGAACAUGAGCAGCGCCAGAAACAGACUCUCAAUGAUCCCUGAAGAUGAUACAGUCACCAAGCCUGGCACCAAAAACAAAGAUGAUAAAACUCAGUUCGAGGAUGUUGCGGCGAGUCUGAACGUGCUGGUAGGGAACCCACACCUUCCACAGAUGGAGGAGAGACCGUCGUCUCGCAGGGGCCACCACUCCUCUCUGCCUGUGAAGUCCUCUCUGCCUGGUGAAUCUCUUCAACAAGAAAGCUCGGUCGCUUCAGAUGCAGUACGACCAUGGCCACAGGCAUUCGGUGGGACACCCCGAGGUCAAUCUCAACCACCCCCGACGCCAUCUGCGGGGACACCUCGAGGUCGAUUUGACUUCCGCCCGGUGCCAUUCCUCAACAAAGGCCAAGUUACCUACAACGGCCAGACGCAAUUUAAUACAAACAUAUCGAUAACCAUCAUCUGGAACGACGAAAAGAUCUGGGGCCAGUUUACCAUUGACAAUGGGUACGGCUUUGGCUACAUCAGAGCCGGCAUGAAGUCGGGGUGGAAACUUGCCAAGGAUGGUGAGACAGUAACUUUUCAUUGGCGUGGUCUCGGAAACGGCGAAAAAGUGCCACCGGGAGACAUGACGAAAUCAAAAUUCAAAUUACUUAAGGAAUGUGAAGAGAUUUCGGGUGUAAUGGGUCCUAUGGACAAACACGGACGCAUGAACUGGGCGCUGAGUAAAGAUGGAAAUACAUAUCUUGAAGCUAAGAAGUUCAAGUUCUCGGGGGUUCGACAAGCCAAAAGCGAAAUCGAUGAAGAGGGCGCAUGGAAAGGUUGGGACAUAUUCUAA